AUUUAUUAUUUAUUUAUUUUAUUUUUAGUAUUUUCUGUCUUUCCAUUAUUGACGUUUCUCCUUGAGAAAGCUGCUUCAAAGGGAUUAUUGAAGGAGCGUCCCCUAUUGAUAUUACAUGCCAGCAACAUGAUAAUGCUACUGGCACUACCAGUGGGUGUGGUCUUCUGGUUCAAACUAGGACCAGCUGCUGGUUUUAUUGUCAUGUUCAAUUAUUCAAUUGUUUGGAUGAAGAUGAUGUCAUAUACUCAAGUCAAUUCAUGGUGUAGGUGUGGUCAAGGUGGAGUAGCCACACCCACUAAUAAUAACCACGACAAACCAUUAGUUCAGUAUCCUGAUAAUAUCACUGUUAAGGAUUUUUGUUAUUUCAUUGCUGCUCCUACAUUGUGUUAUGAGUUGAAUUAUCCUCGGACUCCAAAAAUUAGGAAAAUAUUUUUAUUAAGAAGAACACUUGAAUCAAUAUUUCUAGUUAAUAUAUUAUUAGCAUUAUCCCAGCAAUGGCUAGUACCUACUGUAAUGGGAUCACUGGAACCACUUCAGUCAAUGGAUUUAUUAAUGAUGAUACAGAGAGGACUAUUACUAGCGCUCCCUAAUCACCUCCUCUGGUUAUUGUUAUACUAUUUUUAUUUCCAUUCCUAUCUCAACGUCCUUGCUGAGUUACUGAGGUUUGGUGAUCGCUCCUUCUACAAGGACUGGUGGAACGCUGAUAGUAUUGAUACCUUCUGGAGACACUGGAACGUACCAGUGCACCGCUGGGCUGCCAGGCAUGUGUACUACCCGUUGCUCAGUAGAGGGUAUUCCACGAUAAUGUCUCAGAUAGCAGUGUUCCUGCUAUCAGCUUUCUUUCAUGAAUAUUUGGUUAGUAUUCCUUUGCGUAUGUUAAGGCCCUGGGCAUUCACUGCUAUGUUAUCUCAAGUACCAUUAGCUCUAUUAACGUCAUUAGAAGUGAUGAGAGGUCAG